ACUCGGCGGAGCUGCACGCGCCUCCGGAGCAGCCGCGCGGAUUAUGUUUUUAACUUUUUACCUUUUUCUAAAAAACUUGAAACAAACUAAAAGUCCAGUUAAGUCUGAGCAGCUUCCGGUUUAAAGAGUUCCACAGUUAAAGCUCUUAUUAUUAUUAUUAUUAUUAUUAUUAUUAUUAUUAUUUCAUCUUUUAUCACUCGGACUGAACGCAACCAUCAGGACCCGGAUCAGGACCAACAGAACCCGGAUCAGGAUCAGGAUGUCCCGGGCGGAGGAGCGCGAGGACGCGGACUGUGUGUGUUCUGUCGGGAUGAAGUUCACGUGGGACAUCAACGACCCCAAACUGCCGCAGGACACGAAGCAGUUCGACCCGUUCCAGGAGUGGACAGACGGAUACGUUCGCUACAUCUACAGCGCUGAAGAUAAGAACGCCCAGAGACAUCUGUCCGGCUGGGCCAUGAGAAACACCAACAACCACAACUGCCAGAUCCUGAAGAAGUCGUGUUUGGGCGUGGUCGUGUGUUCCCGCGGCUGCACGCUGCACGAUGGCGCCCGACUGCAGCUCCGCCCCGCCAUCUGCGACAAGGCCCGGCAGAAACAGCAGAAGAAGCUGUGUCCGAGCUGUAACAGCACUCUGGAGCUGCUGCCGUGUCGCGGCCACAGCGGUUACCCCGUCACCAACUUCUGGAGGGUCGACGGAAAGUCCAUCUUCUUCCAGGCUAAAGGAGUCCACGAUCACCCGCGGCCAGAGUCCAAGUCUGAGACCGAAGCCCGGAGAAGUUCAGUAAAGAGACGAGUCAGCUCGCCACCGUUCCCGCCAAAGAGACGACUCAUCGAAUCGCAGGCGUUAGGCCCCGCCCUCCUGUCCUGCGUCGACCCGUCAGACAGAAUCUCCUUCAUGGAGCCGAACUUCCCGCAGCAUUACCCAGCAUUCCAGAGCCCGGAGCCCUACUACAACCCCCACAAUGCAUUAGGGGAGGCCCCGUCCACCCUGCAGAAACCAGCCAAUCCCAGGCUGUACAUGGGCCGGCCCAGCUACGACUUCCAGGGGUACCUGACCUCGCCUUCGUACCCCAUGACAUCUGAGCUCUGUGACCCCCGGGUGGCUCCGGUCCUGGGCUCCUCCUCUGCCUCGGGGUCUUCCUCGGCGCCGCUGCCCUCGCCGUGCGGGACCUUCGACCCUCAGACAAAGUCUCCGGCGGGCUGGAAGGAGCUGCUGAAGAGCUCCGCCCCCUACGCCGACAACCACCAUUACUACAGCGCCGAGUACCCCUGCCGUUACCCUGGCAACGCCCCGGGCUCCCCAGCAGCGCUGCAGACCAUCAUCACCACGACAACCAAGCUUCCUGUUCCUGUCCCAUUAACCCGUUUCCUGCCCCCCCAUCAGGUUUCCUACCAGCCGUGUCCCAAACCUCAGUCCGGCCUCCCGUCCUACCCGCCCUGCGCCCCCCAGAAACCCAGUGGCCUCCCGUCCUACCCGCCCUGCGCCCCCCAGAAACCCGGCGGCCUCCCCGGCUGCUCCUCGCUGCUGGACGACGCCUCCUCGCCGUCCUACUCCACCGAGGUCAAGGUCACGGACGAGUCGGGGGGGGUCAUCAAGUCUCUGUCCUUUCAGCCCGAGACCAAAACAGAGCGCGCCGACGGCUACGACUACCGCUACGCCUACCCCAACACGUACCGCUACGACGACUACUGAGGCGGGCCGCGCCGGGGCUUCUGCUACUGUAACCAUAGAGACAGAGUCAUACUCCAGAAGCCACACCCACCAACGACAAGCCCCACGCCCAC